AGUCGAAUCUUUCAUACCAUCCACCAUGAGUUGCACAAACCCUACAUGCUUCUUCUGCACCAUGAAAGAGCAAAACAUAGUCAUCAGGAGAUCAGGAAUCAAGAAAUGUUUCAAAGAAAUGCUGUCAAUUGACGAGCAAGAGCGUGUACUAAUUCUAAGCACUUUAUGGAAAAUUUCCAUGAAUCAACCCGAAGAUCCCGAGUUUCCUUCUCUUGGUAUAUUCAAAUGCAUGGUGAGCUUGCUCCAUAAGAGCAUCAACGACAAAUCAUGGGUUCUUGAUUGCCAAAACAUUUAUAUCCCAUAUUAUGCAGCCCAUAUUGUAGGAUCCUACACCAUGAAUAGUCUCGAUUUUGCAGAAAAAGCUGUAGAAUCUGGUGUUAUUCCUCCAUUGUUGGAUCUUCUGAGAGGAAAGAUGAGUUGGGUGGAGCAAAGGGUUGCAGUUAGAGCUCUUGGACACCUAGCAAGCUAUGAUAGUACUUUUGAAACCUUGGCGGUUCAUGAAGAAGAAGUCGUCAAGCUAACCAUGAGUCUAGCUUCAAGGUGCAGCGAGUUAGUCUAUAACGAGUUUGUGGCGAUUGAGGACACAGACCUGAGGGUGAACUAUCACAAGAAGUUGAUUACUAGAGGGGUUGGAGGGUUAGAAAUGGAGAACAGAAAGGCUGAAGAAUGGGCUAGCCAAAUCCAGUGCUGGUCUCUACACUUACUAAAUUGCUUUGCCAUUAGAGGUAGAUCCAUAGAUCUAAUUUGUAAUCUAGAUUUCUUGAAAGAUUUGAGUUCAAUGUGGGGUGGGCUUGUGAAUCACACAUCACCUUCUGGAAUAGGUUUGAUAAGAAUUUUGUGUUACACACAAGUUGGAAGAAGAAAAGUUUCUGAAUCAAAAGAGGUUAUUGAGUGUAUUUGUAACCUCUCAAGGUCUUCAGAUGAUUGGCAGUAUAUGGGGAUUGAUUGUCUUUUAUUACUUCUCCAUGACAUGAACACAAGGUACAAAGUUCUUGAAAUCGCAUCAUUUUAUUUAUUGGAUCUUAUUGAGCUUAGAAAACUAGGAGAAAGAUCAAAGUUAGGCCAAAAAAUCACAAAAGCACUGCUUAUUGACUUCAAGAAUGGGAAAUCAAGAAUAAAAAACCCUGCAAUUGAUAGAAGAUUAAAAGAAAUAUGGGUUACAAAAGUUGAUAAGAAUAGAAGAGAAAGAUCAAUGUCUGAUGAGAUAUUUGAAGAGAAAAGAGUCAUGGUGAAUCUUAUUAAACAACAAGCGAAUAAUAGUUUUUGGUUAGGCGAUAUUGAAACUGCGGUAAAGAAAUACACGGAAGGUUUAAAACUAUGUCCCUUAAAACUAAGGAAAGAAAGGAUUGUACUCUAUAGUAAUAGAGCUCAGUGUUAUUUACUUCUUAACGAUCCAGAUUCUGCUGUUAGCGAUACCACAAGAGCUCUUUCAAUUUCAAAACCUACAAAUUCUCAUGCUAAAAGCUUGUGGCGGAGAUCACAAGCUUACUAUAUGAAAGGGUUGGCUAAAGAGAGUUUGAUGGAUUGUUUAAUGUUCAUCAAUGCUUUUGUUACCGUAGAUAAGAGAAAACAAGAAAAAAUUCCUUACUAUGCAGUUCAAAUGAUCAGAAAGUUGAUGGAUUUAACAUGGUUUUUUGCAUCUGCCAAGUCAAAAUUUUCAAGCCAAGCAAGCUCAUCUAGCAGCAAUGAAGAAUUCACUAAGGAUGAGAUGUCAGGAUUAUAUACAAUUUUGGAGGAACCUAUGAUCAGAAAAUACAACAAGGCUACCAAGAGAAAGGUGAAUAGAGACGGAAAGCAAAAGGAUUCAUUCAUGGCUCUAUCAAUAUAACAAAUAUUUAGGUAUGAUCAGCAGGUUAUAAAAACAUUAGUGGUACCCUUUUCAGUC